CAUAUGACGUAUCCAAGGUUUCAGCCUCACAAAUUUUGAGAUGUAUGAAGGGCAACUUUGCAAAAGUUUUCACUCUCCUCGCGAAUUCCCAUCAAUUUUUUUUCUCUGUAGAAAGUGAAAAGGAGAAUGUCUUCUUUAGGAACUUCAAAGGGUGUUCUUGAAAUCGCCAAAUUCGGUCUCUAUGUUACGAUCCCUAUCGUUCUUAUGUACACUUUCGCCAACAACACCAAGAAUCUCCAGAAAUUUAUGGGAAAUCGUUCGUAUAUAGUGUAUCCUCCAGAGGGACCACGACCUCCAUCACCGGAGGAAUUAAGGGAGAUGGCUCGGGAGCUAGCUAGGAAGAGAAACAACCAUUGAUGAUCUUUAGUGGUGUAAGUGAUCUAUGUAGCUUUGACAAUUAUUCCUGUUUCUGUUCCAGCAAACCAGCAUUUGUGAUAUGCUAUAAUAACUAUUGUGGUCUUUUCAUCAGGAAAAGAUAGUCUGGUUUUGUUUAACAUUAAUGAUCAUAAUUUUAUAACUAAGUUUGUUCUUUUGCUGGCUUA